AUGGAGGAAUCCAGAUCACAACCUGAAAGGUUAGCUCAUGGUUUUCUUCGGUGGGGACCUUUAGAAUAUUCACUUGCCCUUGAGUCACUUUAUCAGAGUCACUUUAUCCCUGAUAAGCAAGAACACAAGCACCAGGGAAACACAAAACGCGGAGGGCCAAGGCAACAGAUCAGAAUAAAAAAUUGGUGGAGAAGAGAAGAAAAAGAGACAAAAAACUUAUCGAGGUUCACCCCAAGAAACCAGGGCUACGUCCUCGUUGAGCUCGCCUCAGAGACUGCUCAGAUUUGCACUAUUCGAAAGCUCCUUUACAGCAACAAUGGUGAUUCCAAGUCACAGGUCCGAUUGGGCUCCCAAAGGUUAGACUUGACGAUCGGAGAAGGGGAAGGAGAAAACGCUGAGCAAGGCAACCAAUUUUUUAGGAAACAACCUCAAAGAAAGCGAAGGGGUUUUCUCAGCGGGGACACCGACAACCAUAUCUCUGACGUGAUCAUGGAUUACCCAUUCAUCCUCGUUCCCAACAGGCAAAAGUAUGUACAUAGGGUAUCCCAAUGGUUUGGAACAUGCCACAAGAGCAUGAUUUUGUGGCCAAGUUCACCUCACCAUCACCAUCACCAUUACCAUCGACCACAAGAAAUUCGUGAUAACCAAGAACUUGGAGAUCUAAAUAAAUUGUUUUAUCACCUAUUUGCUUCAAAUCAUUUUCCAUCUCAGGUGAUAACACAGUUGUUGCUUUUGCAGCUCUUUCACGUUUAUCUGCAAACCAAGAUUGAAGAGUGAAUCUUAUGAAUUCAAGAAAAGUAGCGACUAGAAAGCUCCUUGUCUCCUUGGUCUUAUUGUUAAAACUUUCUGCGUAGUUACUCGUCAUGAUAUUGUAUCGGUUACCAUGAAAAUAAGUACUACUCCACCUUUCAAAGUCAAUUCCCUCUAGAUAUUGAGCAAUGGGCGGAUCAAUUACCUUAAUCUUGUCAAAGAAUUUGUGAAAUUCCGUUCUUCGAAAUGUGUACGCUGCACAUCCCAUGAUGUCUUGCACGUGGUUAGUUUUGAAUUUUGCCACAACAUUUAUACAGAUAUGAUGGUAACAUGUACCGUGAUACGCAUUUGGGAACACAAGCUCCAAAGCAUGAUUAAUGCUUUUAUACCUGUCCGAUACAAAAGCAAG